AUGCCGGCACGAAACAACCUGAACGUUUAUAAGGGCCCUGACUCUGUCAAGGAUUACUUCAAUCCUGACAAGGCACCACCAUUGCCGCUUGUGGAGCUUCCCGACGCCCUCAAUCCAUACCGACAAGAUGGCAUCCGUAUCUACGCCAAGAUGAUGACUAUGCACCCUGCAAACAAUGUCAAAGCUAUGCCAGCCCUCAAUCUUCUUGAGCAUGGGGUUGCUCCCGACAAGACCAAAACCGUAGUUGAAUACAGCUCUGGUUCAACUGUCAUUUCCAUGGCUUUGAUGUCCCGCGUGCUCUACGACUUAGGAGAUGUGCACGCCUUCCUGAGCAAUAAGACGACAUCGGCAAAGUUGAAACUGAUGCAAUUCUUCGGUCUUAAACUUACUUUAUUCGGCGGUCCUUCCCAACCCGAACCGAACGACGAGCGUGGCGGAAUUCGAGCGGCAUACCGCUGGGCACAGGAAUCUGAGUCUGUUGUCAACCCCGACCAAUACAACAACGAUCUGGUGAGGCAUCUUAUCAAGCGUUAUGUGCGUGUCACAGCUACUGAUCGAGCCAACAAGAACUGGAAAUCUCAUAUGCGAUGGACAGGCCCGCAGAUUCUGGAACAACUGCCCGAAAUUAGCCUGAUUUGCGCAGGAAUGGGAACUUCUGGUACCAUGUCAGGAUUAGGCACCUUUUUCAAGGAGAACAGCCCGUCUGUUUUCCGCUUGGGCGUGUGUACUGCUGCAGGCGACAGAGUUCCAGGGCCACGGUCCCUGGCUCUCCUGGCUCCUGUCAAUUUCCCCUGGAAGUCAGCUGUCGACCACAUUGAGGAGGUCGCAUCCCACCCCUCAUUCUCGCUUUCUUUGGAGCUGUGCCGCAACGGCAUUGUUUGCGGUCCCUCGUCCGGAUUCAACCUCCAAGGGCUUUUCCAGCUCAUCGAGAAAAGAAAGCAGAAUGGGACAUUGAAUGAGCUUGCAGGACAAGACGGUCAAAUUCACUGCGUCUUUUUGUGUUGCGAUCUCCCGUACCAAUACAUGGACGAAUAUUUCGACAAACUAGACUCCGAGCAGUUCCCUCCGAUCAGAAACUCAGAAUUGAGUGGUGUUGAUCUCUACCGAUACGACUCGGCCUGGGAAAAGGACCCUCUGGUGGCCCUCAAUGACUUUUACCACCUGGAUAAGAUCCUGACGAGAGAUCUUCUUUUCUUCGUGUCCAAGAGACGGUCAGAUGAACGACAAGGCUGGGAGAAGAUUGUAGCCCCAUCACCAGACACCAUUGUGGUUGACUUGCGUCAACCCGAGGACUUCGACCAGUUCAGUCUCCCGGGGUCUGUCAACUUCCCGCUCAUCGAGGCGGGUACUCCAAGCCCCUUCUCAGAUCCAAAGGUCUUGGCAUCGCUUUGGAGAGAGCUUGAGGCCAAGCUUAGCUCCGAGAAUGACGACAUCUGCUCUCAGCUCCGCGACAAGCGUUCGCUCAUCAUUUGCUACGAUGGAGACUCUGCUCGCGUUGCCACCAGUGUUCUGCGAGCCAAGGGGUACGCUGCAGACAGUAUGAACGGCGGGAUUCGGGCUAUGCGUGAGGUGGGCUUGCAGUUGGAGGAUCCCUGCGGGCAGCCGCUCUCUCAAGGUUACCAGGGGCAGUCCGUGAGCUCUGUUACCCACUAG